AUGGCGAUUGCUCAGGUUGAAGUUGGAUCGAUAACCCAAGACGUCACGAACAUGCCUGCGUUUCCGUCGCAAAAAGCUUGUGCACGAUCCUGUUUCGUGAACACUGGAUUCUGUCCCAACGAUAUUCUAGGAAGUGCAAUUAGUUGUGCUGAGCACACUGACUGCAACUCUAUGAACUGGCAGGCGAAGAACGAUUGCUACUGCAGACAAGAUCUACAAAAGCCCGCUCAAGACAUCUUGUCGAGUUGUGUCUCGACUAAGUGCAACAUCGGCGAUGUCGCUAUUGAUGCUGCCAGCGCUGGAAGUAUCUACGCCAAUUACUGCUCUCAGAAGGGAUAUCCCUAUGUGCCUCCGGCAACACCAAAUGCAAACCGUGCGUCAACCACAGGAGCUGGCUUCGCAACUCGAACAACUGGUACUCUUGGUCUAGGGCCGACUGGCUCAUCGUCGUCCUCGUCAGGGUCUUCGUCGUCUUCAAACAAACUGUCAAUUACAACCAUUAUCGGAAUCGUCAUUGGAAGCAUAGUCGGGCUCAUACUGCUUGCCUUCUUCAUCAGAUACAUGAUUCGAUGGUGCACACCAACACCCAAACCGCCACCUCUACAGCCCUAUAACCCGCCUCCAGUACACCCUAUCACUCAGUUCCCCGGGCCGUAUCAUUCUCCACCAUCCACUAUCGCACAUAUGCCAGAAGUCACACCAGAGGACUCCAGGUCGAUGCUUUCUGGGACGGUGGAACACAAUACGGUUCUCUCCGGCUUCCAGCCCCAGCGCUUCCAACAUCAAUAUUAA